AUGCCAGACCCUACUUCUCCCAUACUGUUCGUCCCAGUCGCUCAUCUUCUCGAAGACCACCAUCAGAACGCAAUGCUCCCAGUAGUCAUGGAGUAUCAGGAACUGAGCAUACCAAUCAAGGAACUGCCCCACGGCGGGGCGGGGAAUGCAGCCAGCAGCAUCUUGAAGACGCCAGGCGCCUGGUGGACAGCGUUGUAUGAUGGCUUCUCGAAGAAGAAAAACGGAUGCCGCAGUGUCGUCUUGAUAUGUGCAUCCUUGAUCAACAUCGUUGCGGUCUUGGCAAUCUCCUCACUCUCAUCCGCAUUUCUCUUCUCACAGGAGAUAAUCGUUUCAGAAUCCGUGGAUUUUGCUCGUCUCGAGCCAGUUGCAGGCUCACCCUUGCCCAUAGAUGUAGACCGUUCUACCCACUUCCGAACCAUUGCGAGCCUGUUGCAAAACGCCUCGACUUCACCAUGGAUCACCAAUGACUUUACAAUCUUCCCGUUCUGGCCGGCUGAGAUCGGGUCUCCUCCAGUUACCUCUUUGCCCACCGAGGCAACUCAAAGAUGGACGGCGGAGACGAUGAUGUUCAAAAGUGACCUGGACUGCACACCCAUGGCAUUGGAGAGAAAGGCUGAUGAAACGAUCAUCUACCCGGAUCAAAAUUUGGUGCGCUCAAAUUCCACGAUCUGGUCUUCUCCCGAUGGAUGUCGAUGGGGCAUGGCCGCACCAUCGACCUUCUGGAGCACUGGAGGCGCCAGCUGGUCUGAUGCCUCCACAUUCUAUUAUGCCGAAGAAGCUCUCACUACCACCAAGUUGACCUUCUCAAGUUCAAACCACACAGCGCAGUGUAAUGGCCGCCAGGUGAUUCUCGUCACAGAAUCAUGGCAGAAUGAGAACCCAGCCUUUUCAGCGCAAGUAUGCAAUACUACUUAUUUUAUGGCGCCGAUCACAGUCACUGUGGCUUUGACAGGUGAUGUGCCAGACAUUUCUUUUGAUGCCAGCGAAUUUGAGCAGAAGAAAAUCAUCAUUGCAGACAGCGUCAUGGAUACCACUACGAUUCUGGAGUCCACUCUGGACCACAAAUGGCCAACAUAUAUGCUGUCUGUUCUGCAAAGCUCGCUUGUUGGUGGACCUUCUGUCUUGCUGGGCGCGUUGUAUGACUACAAUAUGACGGCCAUGGCCAGAGAUCCAGCCUGGGCCAAGUCAGCUGCAACGGCAAACCAACGAUAUUUUGGAGAAGUUUUGCAAGCUGCUUUGACCCAACAGGGCGCUUCACGACCCGUUCCCAUCAAGGGGACAACGGUCAAGGUGGAAACCCGUAUUUUGGUCCAAAAAGGUCCUGCAGUUGCUCUGGGGGUCCUGUUUGCGGUUUCCUGCUUGCUUUUGAUGAUUCUCUGGUGGCGCUCUCAAUGCCGAUAUAGGCCUCUGAACCUCAGGGAAAGCCCUGCAUCAGUUCUCGGAGUAGCUGCUCUGAUCGCACGCAACGAUCGAGUAGAUUCGGGCUUUCAAAUUUUCCGUCAACCAACUGCAAAGGACCUCCGGGAGAGACUCGAUGGGCAACGGUUCCAUACAACUUCCUGCGGACUGUCUCGAUCGGUUCCAUCCCAAAGCUUGAAUGGCAAUGUGACUCAAUCUGAGAAUGGGACCCCAAAGGUACUACGAAUACCUUUUCUCGUCGCUUUCGUUCUGGCACUCUUGGUGGUUGUGGCCAGUGUCGGUAUUCUGUGGUACUUUGCCAUGAGUGUAGGGCUCUACGAGAAGGUCUUCGUCUAUCAAAUGCAAUGGUCCUUUCUGAGCGACAGUAUGUCGUCAAUAGCGCCAAUCUCGAUUGUUCCAACACUUAUCGCGACGCUUAUUGGACUAUGGUGGGGAUCCAUAGAUGAGACCUUUCGUCGCCUUCAGCCGUACGUUGCAAUGGCGGAUGGAGCUCCCUCUGUCUCAAGGGGCCCUGGUCUAUCUUAUGAAUCUUCCUUUUGGCUUUGGGCCUGUCUCAGGGCUGCUCGGAAUAAGCACUGGCUUCUUGCUCUGGUGACUCUGGGCAGUAGCCUUGUGCCCGUCUUUACCAUCACGAUGUCCGCCCUGUUCAAUCGAGAGCCGGGUGUGGUCACGAAACCGAUCACUUUCGAUCGUGCCCUUGAAAUUCGUGACAUCCCUCAUGUCUUCAGUACUCAGCAGGCGGUCUACCCAGAUACGUCCAACGACUACGCAGCCUAUAUCCUUACCGAUCUGUACAAGAAUAUCUCCACCCAGUGGAUGUAUACCGCAACGAUCCAAUUGACCUUGAAUGGAUCCGAACCUGCAUGGAGCAAAGAAGGCUGGAGUUUUGUGCCAAUCGAGAUGCAAUCGUUGAGCAAUGUCAGAGUGCCAGGAAAUCUCGACGAAUCCGACAACAUUGGGACAUACACGCAGACAAAUAUCACUUUGACCACUCCGGCCAUGCGCGCCCGUAUCGAAUGCUCCCACUACCCAGCCGAAGCUUUGAUGAACCUGUCACAUUGGCUUUCCCCCGUCGAUUUGAGCAACGCUACGGUGUGGAAUCAAACGACCAUUCCCCAUGAUAUUCAAGGAGGUUUCGAGCUGGGCACACAUUGGAUCUACAACAAAAACCCUGGAGUCAUUCUCCCUUUAUCGGGGAAUGAGACGAUAGCGACUUGCGAUGGGUGCACAACUGUCUUUGUGAACCCUGGCUCAAUCGCCUGCUGUGGCAAUUCUAGCAGUACAACCUGGGAUCCAACCGUGGCAGUGGGAUACUGGUCUCCGAACACAAAUUUGUCGUCGUGGUCCACCAAAUCCUGGCAUCGGAAUUUCACUCUCAAAUGGAUUCAUGGCACCGCGGUCACGGGGAUUUAUAAGAAUCCCACGAAGAUGCAAGGCAACUUCUCGGAGCCUCUACCUUUGCUAUUCCCGUCACCCCCGUCGAUCAACUUGAUGAAUUGCAGACCGCUUGUUGAGUCGGCCGAUGCCGAGGUGAUUGUCGAUCCAGUGAAUGGCGUGGUUCAAGCUUUCAAUGUGACCAGUAAACCAAAAGAACUGACGGAAGCCUUUGCGGACAACUUUCUGCCUCACAACGGGAGCUACUUCCAGGGGGAAAGGGGAUAUGCCUAUUACAAUGUCACUAUCAGUCUUGGCCGUCUGUUCAUGGCGUCAAUGCUCACCGCAGCUGACACUCUGGAAAUUGGUGGUGCUCAGCACAUCGGAGGCUAUCACAGCGAGAAUCUCAACGACAACACAUACAACAUUCGAGACGAAAUCAAAGGGCUCAAUUUGGACUUUAUGAGCUACGCCAUGUACACGAUGGCCGGAAAGAAUCCCAAAGCUCUUCUCGAUCCGGAUCUCUACCUCUCGCUGGCUCAAAAAACCUUUACCACUUUCUUCCAACACUACAUAAGCAACAACAUCUCCAUGGAGACCGGUGGCUGGGGCUAUCAAACAAUCAACGCCAGCCUUCCCGACUCCCUGGGACCAAUCGUCGAGGUUGUCAACAACUGGCUCCCCGGAAACAAGCCAACUAUCUACCAAGACGAGAUGCAUCCGAUUUCAACCACGAACAGAACCGUCAUUGCGCAAAUCUCUAAACGCGUAGAGAUUCUCCAAAUGAACGCGCUUGCAGUGUGGCUGAGCGUUGGGAUCAUGGCCUGGCUCGUGACGAUCACCUUGCUCGUGAUUGUGCUGCAACGACGUUACUUUAGUCGACUUGUCCGCAACGUCGAGUCGCUCGGUGACGUACUGGUGCUCAUUGCCGGAAGCACGAACUUGUUACAAGUGGCGCGGGAGAUUCAAACCGGUCAGCUUUCUCCAGGACAAUAUGAAGAUCUGCGCACGCGGCUGGGCUGGUUUAUGGACAAAGAUGGGGCGCUCCGAUGGGGCGUCGAAAUGGUGGAGACGGUUGGAGAUGGACCGGUAGUCGAGUGGAUUUCUUCGCCCUACUUUUCAAAGAAAGGGACGAAUACAUGGGGUCUUUCUGAUGAGAGUGUUCAGUCUUGA